GAGUCCAGCUGUAGCUCUCUCCUUCUGCUCCCUCUCAUAGCGGCAGCGCUGCGCGAUCACUCAGGCUCUGCAAUGGACAGAGGGGCGAUGCUGGCUGCGUGCGUGCUGCUGUGCUGCAGCUGCACCGCGGUUACUGCCAUCCAGAGGGCUGACAUGUUUCCUUAUGGCACCUCAAAUGGAGAUUCGGUUUUGGGAGAAGGCGACGAUGAGACGUCCAAAGUGCUGUCUCUGCCAAAACCCUUAUACUUCUACAACUCCCCUUUCUCCCAGCUAUACGUGGCCACCAAUGGCAUUAUAUCAGCCCACGACUUGCCAAUGGAGAAGCAAUACGUUGAUGACGGAUUACCUACAGAUUUCCCCGUGGUGGCUCCGUUCCUGGCUGACAUUGACACGAGCGGAGGGCGAGGACAGAUUUACUACCGAGCGACUGAAACGCCCAGCGUGCUCAACAGAAUCACACAGGAAGUACAGCAGGGGUUCCCCGAUGCAAAGUUCACACCCACACACGCUGUAGUGGCAACGUGGGAGAAUGUCCCAGCGUACGAAGAACAAACACGACCCCCUAGCCCUCCAAACAAGGUCAAUACAUUCCAAGCUGUGAUUGGUUAUGAUGAGGCAGACUCAUAUGUGCUCUUCCUCUACCCUGAAGGUGGUCUGAACUUCUUUGGCACACGGCCUAAGGAGUCGUACAAUGUUGAGAUAGAGCUUCCAGCAAGAGUUGGCUUCAGCAGAGGAGAAAUUGUGUAUUUUUUCAUCUCUCGAACUGAGGGACCUUAUUACAGUCUCACCACUGAUGAGCAGAGUGUUAAAAAUCUCUACCAGGUUGGUAACACUGGAGUUCCAGGCCUCUGGCUUUUCCACACCGGAAACCGUUAUUCUUUUGACAACAUUGUUCCCGCAUCCAUUAGAGGCCUUCCUGUUACUCCUCCACCUGCAGGAUACGACUCCUAUAUGGAAACCACCACCCCAGAAUAUGAUGAGUUUGAAGAUUAUGAAGAGAAUCCCUUUGACCCCAAGACCCAAGAGGGAGAAGAUGAUUAUCCUUUAACAGGGAAGAAUCCUGAAUUCCAGCCAGCACCUGCUGGUGGUGACCAAUCAAUUUCCCUUCUACCUCGAAGUUCUGAUGGCAGUGACAAUAUACUGUUGACCUCUGAACCUGGGUAUGGUUUAGAGCCAGCAGACAGGCACUACACUCCCCCUAAUCCUGCACAGACAGUCCCAGAGGAAGGUGCUCAGCAGCCCCAGGAACAGCAGCCACAUGUAUCACUGAAAAACAAGCCACCGCUGGAAGUGGUGAAUGUGCACUCCCCACAUAGAAAUGCACCACCUCUUUCCCCUGGAGUCCAUGUGGUCAGUGUGGAUGAAGAGGUUAAUCUUGACACAGGAGUGAUUCAGUAUACUACAGAGAAUAAGGAAACAUGUGCCAGAUUCCAGCAGCAGUGCUCCCAGAAUGCCUUUUGCUCCGACUACGCCACAGGCUUCUGCUGUCACUGCCGGCCAGGCUUUUAUGGAAAUGGACGCCAGUGUCUGCCUGACGGCGCCCCCCAGCGUGUUAGCGGUAAGGUGAGCGGCACUGUGUCCGUGGGAUCGACUCCAGUAUCGCUGAACAACAUUGAUCUCCAUGCCUACAUCGUGGUGGGAGACGGGAGAGCCUACACUGCCAUCAGUGAGGUACCAGAACCACUGGGCUGGGCGCUGAUGCCGGUUGCACCAAUUGGAGAGCUGUUCGGAUGGCUGUUUGCUUUGGAGCUGUUCGAUAGCCAAGCAGGAUUCAAAAUCACAGGUGCUGAGUUCACUCGCCACGCAGAGGUUGUGUUUCACCCUGGCAACCAGCGCUUGUCAAUUAUUCAGACUGGCCGUGGCCUAGAUGACCACAACCACCUGACCGUGGAUACUGUAGUCAGCGGCAGUGUGCCCUUCCUUCCUCCUGGUGCUGAAGUUAACAUGGACCCCUUCAAAGAGACCUACCAGUACUACCCCUCUGUUGCAACCUCCACCUCUGUUAGGGAGUACUCAGUGGUUACAGCAGACCGAGGGUCAGAGUCCGUCUCUUUCCAGCUGAAACAGAAUAUCACAUACCGCGACUGCCGGCACAGCAACCAAGCCACCAGCAUUGAGACUUUGCAGAUCUUGAUGGACCGGGUGUUUGUCAUGUAUGUGAAGGAGGAGCGGAUCCUGAGAUACGCCAUCACCAACAAAAUCAGCCCAGUUGGAGUGGACCCUCCAGGCCCUGAGCUGUUCAACCCCUGCUAUGCUGGGACCCACGACUGCGACACCACAGCCCAGUGCAUCCCAUCAGAGGGCCAGGCUUUCCAGUGCCAGUGUGCUACUGGCUAUACAGGAGAUGGACACAACUGUUAUGACAUGGAUGAGUGCGCUGAGGGUUUGAGCACAUGUGGGGAUCAUUCUGAGUGUGUGAACCUGGCCGGUAGUUACCGCUGUCAGUGCCAGAGCGGCUAUGAAUUUGGCUACGAUGAGCGUACCUGUGUUGAUAUAAAUGAGUGCAGCUCUUCUCCAUGUCACAUCAGUGCCAGAUGCAUUAAUGAAGAGGGAUCAUUCCAGUGUCAGUGCCAGCCAGGUUUUUAUGGGAAUGGUUUCUACUGCUCCCAGCAGGAAGAGCGUCCUAAAACUCACUGUGAGCACCACAGAGACAGAGUGACGACCACCAGUCCAGAUGGAUAUCCUAUAGUUGGCGCAUAUGUACCACAGUGUGAUGCUGAAGGACAGUACAUACCUCAACAGUGUCAUGGUUCAACUGGCUAUUGUUGGUGUGUGGACAAUAGAGGAGAGGAGAGAGCAGGAACCAGGACUUCACCUGGUGCAGAACGUAUAGACUGUAAUAGACCAGAGCGUCCUAAAACUCACUGUGAGCACCACAGAGACAGAGUGACGACCACCAGUCCAGACGGAUAUCCUAUAGUUGGCGCAUAUGUACCACAGUGUGAUGCUGAAGGACAGUACCUACCUCAACAGUGUCAUGGUUCAACUGGCUAUUGUUGGUGUGUGGACAGUAGAGGAGAGGAGAGAGCAGGUACCAGGACUCCACCUGGUGCAGAAAGUAUAAACUGUGAUAGACCAGAGCGCCCUAAAACUCACUGUGAGCACCACAGAGACAGAGUAACGACCACCAGUCCAGACGGAUAUCCUAUAGUUGGCGCCUAUGUACCACAGUGUGAUGCAGAAGGACAGUACCUACCUGUACAGUGUCAUGGUUCAACUGGCUAUUGUUGGUGUGUGGACAAUAGAGGAGAGGAGAGAGCAGGAACCAGGACUCCACCUGGUGAAGAAAGUAUAAACUGUGAUAGACCAGAGCGUCCUAAAACUCACUGUGAGCACCACAGAGACAGAGUGACGACCACCAGUCCAGAUGGAUAUCCUAUUGCUGGAGCCUAUGUACCACAGUGUGAUGCUGAAGGACAGUACCUACCUCAACAGUGUCAUGGUUCAACUGGCUAUUGUUGGUGUGUGGACAGUAGAGGAGAGGAGAGAGCAGGUACCAGGACUCCACCUGGUGCAGAAAGUAUAAACUGUGAUAGACCAGAGCGUCCUAAAACUCACUGUGAGCACCACAGAGACAGAGUAACGACCACCAGUCCAGAUGGAUAUCCUAUUGCUGGAGCCUAUGUACCACAGUGUGAUGCAGAAGGACAGUACCUACCUCAACAGUGUCAUGAUUCAACUGGCUAUUGUUGGUGUGUGGACAGUAGAGGAGAGGAGAGAGCAGGAACCAGGACUCCACCUGGUGCAGAAAGUAUAAACUGUGAUAGACCAGAGCGUCCUAAAACUCACUGUGAGCACCACAGAGACAGAGUAACGACCACCAGUCCAGACGGAUAUCCUAUUGCUGGAGCCUAUGUACCACAGUGUGAUGCUGAAGGACAGUACCUACCUCAACAGUGUCAUGGUUCAACUGGCUAUUGUUGGUGUGUGGACAGUAGAGGAGAGGAGAGAGCAGGAACCAGGACUCCACCUGGUGCAGAAAGUAUAAACUGUGAUAGACCAGUUCCUGUGACUCCGACACAACGCCCCGAGAGCAUGUGUGAGCGAUGGAGGGCCAGUUUGAUUGAGCACUACGGUGGAAAACCUGGCCCGCAGCAGUAUGUACCUCAGUGUGAGCCAGAUGGAGAGUUCAGUCCAGUUCAGUGUUACGGGGAGACCACCUACUGUUGGUGUGUGGACCAGAAUGGACACAUGGUUCCUGGUACCAAAUCAAGUGAUGCUGUCAAACCUGCAUGCAUCUCCUCAGUGGCACCGCCUACAGUACGUCCAUUGCCCCGCCCAGAUGUCACCCCUCCCACAAACACUGAUGUCACACUGCUAUACGCUCAGGGACAGAAAAUAGGAGCGCUGCCUCUCAACGGGACCAGACUAGAUGGAAGCCGAGCCAAAACGCUUUUGACUCUACAUGGUUCCAUAGUUGUUGGUAUAGCCUAUGACUGCAAGGAGAACAAAGUCUAUUGGACAGAUUUGUCUGCAAGAACAAUCAACAGAGCUUCAGUGGUUUCUGGCGCUGAGGCUGAGAUACUCAUCAACACAAAUCUCGUCAGUCCAGAAGGUUUGGCAGUGGACGUCAAACGUAGGCUGAUGUUCUGGGUGGACUCCUCUCCUGAUGUGAUUGAAAGAGCCAACCUGGACGGCAGUGGGAGGCGGACCCUGUUUGACACAGACUUGGUCAACCCCCGUGCCAUCAUAGUGGUUUCAUCCACCGGUACUCUGUAUUGGACUGACUGGAACAGAGAGGCCCCUAAGAUCGAGAGUUCAUCAGUGGAUGGUCAGAACCGGCAGGUGGUGGUGUCUGAUGGGAUCGGUUUGCCAAACGCACUAACGUAUGACUCUUCUUCUGGACAGAUCUGCUGGGCUGAUGCAGGUACAAAGCGUUUAGAGUGUAUGUCUCUAGAUGGUUCGGGUCGAAGAGUGAUCCACACCAACCUCAACUACCCGUUCAGCAUGAUCUACUACAGGAACCACUUCUAUUACACUGACUGGAGGAGGGACGGCGUGAUUGCGGUGGGCAAAGACAGCAGUCAGUUCACCGACGAAUACUUACCUGAGCAGCGCUCUCACCUGUACGGUAUCACCAUAGCAACCACCCACUGCCUACCAGGGAGCCACUAACGACGGGCCUGCAGCCGCAGAGUCCUUUUUGGUGCUAAAGUUCUGAGGCGAUUCAUGGACGGAGGGCAGGUCCGGCCCCUCUGGUGUCCCUCCGGAGGAAGGACACUCGGCAGGGAGCAAAGAUGUCUUCCUACAGCCAGAUCAGCAAUCAGAGCAACUUUACAACCCAUUCCAACCCCAGUAUCUCACCUUAAUAUAACCCAAAGUAAAUGAUUUGUAAAUUUGUUUUAUACCUCAUUUCCAGCUUUUUUCUACUGUAUUUUUGUAUUGUCUGAGUCGUUUUGUUUUUCUAUUGAAUAAAGCUGCAGAACAA